AUGAACACUUUUAUCAUCAAUAAAACAAUAGCCUUUGUUCCAAGGGGUGUAGUUUCACAAAUCUCAAAAAGAUUUUUUUACUCACUCCCAGAUGUUGAAUAUAAAAACUCUGGUUUAAAAAACUUUCUUUCAGCAGAAGCUUUAAACAGACACUUAAAAUUACACCAAAAUGAUGUCGAAAGAGCCAAUAAUUUAGUACAAAGAACUCCAUGGGAAAAUACUAGUAUUAAUCAAGCUAUCAGUCAAUCAUUCAACAGUGCUGAAGAUGCUCCAUUCUUUGAAGCCAUCUCAUCACAUUUCAAUCACUCAUUUUUCUGGCAAUCACUCACCAACAAAAAAAAUCUCCCAAGUAUUUAUAUGCAAAAAGCUAUCGAAUUAGAUUUUGGUUCAAUCAAUGCUUUCCAAAAAAAAUUCUCACAAACUGCCUCAUCAUUAAAUUCAGCAGGUUUUGUUUGGUUAGUCUUCCACGAUAAAACUUUAAGAAUUAUUUCAACUUUUGGUAAUGGUUCACCAUUAGAAUUACAAAACUGUUAUCCACUCUUAUGUCUCGAUGUUUAUGAACAUGCUUACAUGCACGAUUAUGGUACCGAUAAAAAUAAAUAUAUUGCCAACUUUUGGAAUAAAGUCGAUUGGGAAUUUGUAGAAAAUAAAUUUUUAAAUUCAUUAGUUACUGAUAGAGAAUAUAAAGCUAAAAUAGCAAAACUUGCUGAAGAUCAAAUGGAAGCUUACGUUGAAUCACAUCCAUCAAAAUACAUAGACAAAGAUGAAAUUUAA